CACACACACCCACCCACCAGCUGCUUGGUUUAAAGCCCCCCCCACCACUUUCUCUCGUUUAUUCACUACAUACUCACCUGCUAACAAUAGCUCCAACUCGCCGCGUCGCGGUCUGCAGGACUGGAAAAAUACCCGUCUCUUAAUUGUUUCCGACUGUGGGAGCAACGUGGCGUCAAGUCGCUACUGUUAGCACAAGCAUCUUAAGACAAGACCCUUGGAGGCAGACUAUGAGGAACAUGGAGAACGUGUCUACAAUCAACCCACUCGGCAAGUUAACGGUUCCCACGAGGAGGCCUGCUCUAGGAGAAAUUGGAAAUGCUGUUCUAACCCGAGCUGCAGUGCAAAGAAAGGCUAAUGUAAAAGCCCCUCCCAAACCAGUGGUCCCGAAAGCAAAGGUGUUCCCGGAAAAACGAGUGGGGCAGGAAAAGCGUUUGCUGCUGCAAGUCACACAGCCUGUACUCUAUAAGGCUCCUCCAUGUCCAACACCUAUGGAUGUGUCCAUUAAAGGGGACCAAGCUUUUUCUGAUGCCUUGCUGGGGGUGGAAGAUAUUGAUGCUGAAGAUGCUGAUAACCCUCAGAUGUGCAGUGAAUAUAUAAUGGAUAUCUACAAGUAUUUGCGACAGUUAGAGGUGCAGCAGUCGAUCAAAGUCAAGUACCUCGCCGGCCAAGAGAUCAACGAACGGAUGCGAGCAAUUCUCGUUGACUGGCUAAUUCAAGUUCACUCCAGGUUCCAUCUGCUCCAAGAGACUCUCUACAUGGGCAUAGCUAUCGUGGACCGUUUUCUGCAAAGCCAGCCAGUUUCUCGCAAGAAUCUGCAGCUGGUCGGUGUAACAGCUAUGCUUCUGGCUUCCAAAUAUGAGGAAAUGUAUGCUCCUGAGAUAGGGGACUUCGUGUACAUCACAGACAAUGCUUACACCAAGGCCCAGAUCAGGCAAAUGGAAAUACUGAUUCUUAAAGAGCUUGACUUCAAAUUGGGUCGUCCACUACCACUCCACUUCCUCAGGAGGGCUUCAAAGGCUGGUAAUGUUGAUGCUAAGAAGCACACGCUUGCAAAAUACUUGAUGGAGCUAACUCUUAUGGACUAUGAUAUGGUGCACUACCAUCCUUCUGAAGUUGCUGCUGCUGCACUCUGCUUGUCUCAAAGGGUCUUGGAUCAAAGCAAAUGGACACCAGCGCUGGCUUACUAUACUGACUACAGUGAGGAAAUCUUGCAUCCCAUUAUUCAACACUUGGCAAAGAAUGUGGUGAAUGCAAAUGAAGGACGCACACAUCAUUCUGCUAUAAAGAACAAAUACGCAGGUGCCAAGCUACUCAAAAUCAGCACAAUUCCUCAGCUAAGGACUGCGGUUAUCAAAGACCUGGCGGCUCCUCUAUUGAAAACUCUUAGCCUGACAGCGAGAGACACUCCUUGCAAAAUAAGCUCUUGCACUUACCUGAGAGAUGAUCUGCUGCUACAAUGUAAAUGUCAACCGUAAGAUUUGUUUUUAAGACUCUGGGUGAAGCUUUACUGUCCUAUCGCCAUGUUCACAGGUGAGUGCUUUCCCCAGCUCAAAAUAAUUAUCGAUACUUGGUAUCUUGAUCAAUAUUGGCAAUUGCUCACUCGUGUCUAUUAUAGUCUGUCAAUCGGGGCUAGGUAGGUGGUGCGGCUUAUCACAAUUUAAAAUGAGACGAAGGAGCAAUAGGGAAUCGCAUUAACAAUUUUGGCCGAUUGAGAACCAAACCAGCAUGAAGGAUUUAAAAAUGUAAUUUUUUUUGGUUUAAACUGCAGUAAAUGUUGUUCCCAGAUUUUAUUGAGCAUGAUGGGACUCCACCUAGCAGACCCCUAACCUAGACUCCUGUUGGAAACUUGCUUUUUAACACACUUUUCUCUUCCCCCACACCACUACAUGGGCUCUAGUCUAGUCUCCUGAAUGCAAAUUAUUGACCAUCCUAUCCUGGUCAUGUUGUGGUUUUAAAUCGAUGUACAUUUUUGACCUGGAAGCAGAAAUUUUAUACUUCUUUUGGGCAAAUAAAAAAAAUAAAAUUUUUGAUCCUUUUUUUUUAAAAAAAAAAAUAUGACUACUCUUUACAAAACUGAAGUGUCGUAUCGGGGUCGGUAACUGAGAGGAUUGGAAUGUCAAAAGACCUUGGAUGUGUCCGAAAUGUCAUCUUAGCUUGGUCAGUAGGAUUGGCGAUUUACUUCAUGGAUGUUUUGUGGGCAGUCGCUGUGCGCAAACUGGCUGACCUGUUUGCCCACAGAAUAGUCGCUGCAUUUAACAGUAUAACCUGAUGUGAAAGGAACUAUAAACCACAUUUAAUUGAAUGUUCAUUGCAGAUUGUAUUAGUGGUACUGUAAUAGCUCAGUCUCUCAGUGAUAUGCUGCCCUCUCGUGGCCCGUCCAUGGCAAUUCAUUCUCCUCCUAUUAGAAGGAACGAUAGAUUGCCUACAAAAUAAUUAUAUUUUACAGUAAAUCCCACCCCCCCCCUCCACUCCCAUUGUAAAUGUUUCUAUAUUGAACACAAGAAUUUUAUUGGAUCGUAAAGGCUUUGGGUGAAGCGUUUGAUCUCCCAGCUAACCAAACCUUCAAUCCUUAAGUUGGCUGGAUUCUGUGGCACGAUCAAGUUUUUGUUUUUGGACUAAUUAAUGUAUUGAAAAAUGUAUUCUU